AUUUCAGUAGUGUGUGUGUGACAGAAGAACGUUGAUGAUGGAAUACUUAAGACUGUGAGAGGAUUAGGGUGAAACUGCAUAUAUUCAAAGUUAUUAGUUGAUUGCUCAUAGAAAACUGUGUUUAACGAUGAAACCUUUGCAACCUUUUGAAUUGUGUAACAGUCUGGAAGUUUAAAGAAGGACACAGCUAGGAGUGAAGUCACAAGUGUGGAGAAGGCGACUGUUGGAAAAGGGAAACUCGAUGCUUCAGAUAGUUCCAACUCCACUACAAGAAAUAUGGCUAUUGGUAGCAGUUCACGGUAGCACGAAUUCUCAAACUGCUACCAAAAAUGGUGUAAUCCGAUACCCAUCUUUUUCAUAGCGUUAGUUCCUCGCUAGCGAUAAAUUUAAUCCAGGAAAAAAUUAACAAAAAAUACAGUAAAACAGAGUAAAGUGUUGUCGCGAUGCAAAAGACUUGGGUUUAGUUUUAACCUUUUCCGCCUCUCCUUCACUCUUCACAUAGAAACCAUCGAAGAAAAAAAAUGAUUGGGAAGCCCAAUCUCUCCGAUUUUUGAUCGAUCUUCGUGUCUGAACGGUGUUGUUUUCGCCAGCGGUCAGAUUCCCGGUGAACCCAUAUUCGAUUUUGUCUGUAAUUCCUUUGAUUUAUCUGAUUUCUCAGAUGAAUUCCUUUGAUUUGUUUCAGCUUUUACAAUUUCGAGUUCACCGAAGAUUAGGAGGAGAGAAGUCAGGUUACAGAAUCACGAGAAGUCAGGUGGUAAUCAAUUCCGUUUUGCAUUUGAUAUCGUCAUGGGCGAACACGAUUGUUCCUUUCUCGACUGAAGCUUUGAGUGUUCCUUUCUCUUCUCUUUUGCUUUGCAGGUUUUAGGUUUUGAUUGUUCCUUUCUCGAGUGAAGCUAGUGGAGUUGAAAUCCGAAGGAUCUUAUUGAUCAGGUGAUUCUUUUUCAGCCAAAUAGAAGUCGUUUCUUGUUGAUCAUUUUGAAUGACUGAAGAGGAUGUAUCUGAUUGAAUCGUUGAUUGUUUAUGUGUUCCUCUGUGAAUGUCAUUGUGUCUGUUUGGUGUAUGUUUGACAUAAUCUUAUGGCUUUGUUUGAUUUUGUUGGUCUAUCGGUUAGAAACUUAGAACAUAAAAUGGUCGAAAAGUCAUGGGUUCAUCUAAACAGGUAAGGAAAAACAAUAUAUAUUAUAGGAACUGAAUUUUUGUGUGUGAUUAAGAGUGUUGAAAUUAUGCUUUCAUGUGUCUAAACCGAAGAGCUGAUCCUGGUUAUGAGAGUGGUGCGUGGGAAUUUGUGAGGUGUGUUGGUGCAGAUUUGCGAGAGUCUGAGUUGAUCAUUUGCCCAUGUAUUGAUUGUCGCAACGUAGCUCGUCACUCAGCCAGUGUUAUUGUGGAUCAUCUAGUAACAAGAGGAAUGGAUUUGAGUUACAAGAUGAGGGAGGAUUGGUAUCACCAUGGAGAAGUAAUGUCAGGGACUGACAGUAGAAGCAAUGGAAGUGAGAAGAGGAAUGAGAUUUUAGGGUUAUACCAAGCAGCUGCCUUUGUUGAUGAAGAGUUUCUUAGGCAUGGUGACUUAAGUGAGGUUGCUGAAGGUGAAGAUAAGGCAGAAGAUGAGUUUCUUGCUAAGCUAGCCGAUGCAGAAACACCUCUGUAUCCAAGUUGUGCUAACCACAGCAAGCUCUCUGCAAUUGUUUCACUCUUUAGGAUAAAGACACAGAGUGGUUGGUCUGAUAGAAGCUUCGAUCUGCUGCUUGAGACUUUGCCACAGAUGCUACCCGAGGAUAAUGUCUUGCACACGUCCUUGUACGAAGUGAAGAGGUUUUUGAGAUCUUUUGAUAUGGGUUAUGAGAAGAUACACGCCUGUGUGAAUGACUGCUGUCUAUUCAGAAAGGAGUUUGAGAAGCUAGACAAAUGUCCGAAAUGCAAUGCUUCAAGAUGGAAGAUUAACUUGCGCACAGGUGAUGUGAAGAAAGGUAUUCCACAGAAAGUUCUAAGGUAUUUUCCCAUAAUCCCACGGCUGAAGAGGAUGUUCAGGUCAGAGGACAUGUCAAAGGACUUGAGGUGGCAUUUUACUAAUAAGAGCACUGAUGGAAAAAGCAGACAUCCGGUUGAUUCUGUUACUUGGAAUCAAAUGAAUGACAGAUACCCUUCAUUUGCCGCUGAAGAAAGAAAUCUUCGGCUUGGGCUGUCCACAGAUGGGUUCAAUCCUUUCAACAUGAAGAAUGUGAACUACAGCUGUUGGCCUGUUUUGCUUGUCAUUUACAACAUGUCACCUGAAAAGUGUAUGAAGGAGGAGAACAUCAUGUUGUCGUUGCUGAUUCCUGGUCCAAGCCAACCUGGUAACAAUAUUGAUGUGUACUUAGAACCGCUUAUAGAGGAUCUAAACCACCUGUGGGAAAAAGGAGAGUCAACGUAUGAUGCAGUCAACCACACCACUUUCACAUUAAGAGCUAUGCUUCUCUGGACUAUUCAGGAUUUUCCAGCAUAUGGGAAUCUUGCAGGCUGCAAAGUAAAGGGCAAAAUGGGUUGUCCUGUGUGUGGAAAAAACACAGACAGUAUGUGGUUGAGUAACUGCAGGAAGCACGUUUAUAUGUCCCAUCGGAAAGGUCUUCCUCCCACACAUCCUUAUAGAGGAAAGAAAGCAUGGUUUGAUGGGAAAGCAGAGCAUGGGAAAAAGGGUAGAAUUCUGAGUGGUCAUAACAUAAGCCAUAUACUUAGAAAUUACAAGAAUGAUUUUGGAAAUGUGAAAGUAAUUGGUAGGAAGAGGAAGAUUAAUGAGACGGUUGGAUCAGACUUCAAUACGGAUGAUGAAUCCAGUGAUUCAGAGGAAGAGGAAGAAGCAGUUGAUGAGGAAGAGCUAUCUAGAUGGAAGAAGCGGUCAAUCUUUUUCAAGUUGCCUUAUUGGGAAGAUCUACCAGUUAGACACAACUUAGACGUUAUGCAUGUGGAAAGAAAUGUUGCUGCAAGCCUUAUAGCUACAUUGUUGCAUUGUGGAAAAUCAAAAGACGGUCUUAACGCGAGAAAAGAUCUGGAACUGCUGGGUAUUAGGAAGGAUUUACAUCCUCAACCCCGUGGGAAAAGAACAUACCUUCCUCCCGCUCCUUGGUCUCUGUCCAGCAAAGAGAAGAAAGUAUUCUGCAAGCGGCUAUCGGACUUCAGAGGUCCGGAUGGUUAUUGCUCAAAUAUAUCAAGGUGUGUGAAGUUAGAAGAAUCUAAGAUAUCAGGAUUGAAAUCACAUGAUUACCAUGUCUUGAUGCAACAGCUUCUCCCAGUUGCUAUUAGAGGAUUAUUACCUAAAGGUGUUAGGAUAGCUAUUGGCCGCCUGUGUGCUUUCUUCCAUCAUCUCUGUCAGCGGGUAAUCGAUGUAGAGAAAAUUACAGUAUUGGAAACUGAAAUUGUGGAAACCCUCUGCAUGUUUGAGAGGUUUUUUCCUCCAAGUUUCUUCGAUAUAAUGAUGCAUUUGGUAGUUCAUCUAGCCAGGGAAGCUCGGUUAUGUGGACCAGUUCAUUUCCGAUGGAUGUACCCAUUUGAGAGAUACAUGAAAGUGCUGAAAGACUUUGUAAGAAACCUUGCAAGACCAGAGGGUUGUAUUGCUGAAGCGUAUCUUGCAGAGGAAUGUGUUAGGUUCUGCAGUCAGUUCUUGAAAAAAACAACAAGUUAUGAGGAGAAACCUGAUAGAAAUACUGAGUUCGAGAGCAGCUCUAUUCUUGAAGGCCGUCCAAUAUCUGCAGCCACUUGUCGUGUUCUUUCUGAGAAGGAUAUGAAGAUUAUACAUCUUGCUGUGAUUCAGAAUAUGGCAAUCGUCGAACCUUAUGUGGACAUGCACCUACAGCAUCUACAGGACACUAAUGAAAAAUGUAGACGUGAUGCAACAACAUUAUGGAGACUUCAUUCACAAAAAUUUGCUUCUUGGUUAAAAGACCAGGUAAUUUUCAUCUUGUCCACUUUCAGCCUUUGGGGCUUGGUGCUUGUAGAGUCUUUGUGGAUGUUGUGAAGGUGAAAGAUGCAUCUGUGUGGAGGACUUCAUCUGAGAUUGAGUAUAUGGAAGAUGCACUUGGAAGCACUCUUGCUUGGCCAGAGGAUAAAAUUAUAACGGUGAGAGUUUUGUUUAUUUUUUUGUUCUUUCUCACUUGGAAGCACUCUUGCAUAAAUGUGAACCGAAGGUUAUGUCUUACUUUUCAGGUUUGACAAAAGAGCAGAAGGAACCAUGCAACUAUUUAAGUUCUUGUUGACAUAAAUGACUUGGUGUUUGCUGUUUCAGAACAUGGCUUUUGUUUUUCAAUUACUCGGUGUUUCUCUUUUUUUCAUGUGUCGGAUGGAUUGAAAUGUUUGUAUGGUUUGAAUGAUUUACUUAAGUUAAGACUUUAUGUUAUUGUGUUUGAUCCA